GAGACAACGACAGCAAGGAGCGAAUGCCUUUCAUCCAUUAAGCCCAGCGCACCCCAACCCACCUAGAGACUGGAGAGGCUGCACACACCCCACCCCCCACAGAGGAAUACUACCACACACACAUAGUGUCGUGCAGAUCCACUGGACUCAGACAUGGCACGUCUGGCCCUCCCUGUCUUCCUCGUCCUCUGCUUCUCCCUGCUCCACUUCAGCUCCAGCCGUCCAUCCCGCACCAGGAAGGCCGUGACACCUCGGCAGGCCGGAGCUGCGGAGGAAGAUGAUGUGAAGUCCCAGCUGGAGCGGUUGUGGCAGGAGGUGAAUUCACUCAAAGAGAUGCAGGCGCUGCAGACAGUCUGUCUCCGUGGCAUCAAAGCUCACAGGAAGUGUUACCUCACCAUUGAGGAGCCCAAACAUUACCACGAAGCAAACGAAGACUGUAUUGCACAAGGAGGAACCCUUGCGACGCCCCGGGACUUGAUGGAAAACAAUGAACUGAGAGACUAUGCUAAGAGGAGUGCCCCGGGAUCCAAGGACUUCUGGAUCGGUGUGGCAGACAUAGUGAAAGAAGGCCAGUAUGUCGAUGUCAACAGUCUGCCAGUCAGCUACUUCAACUGGGAUCGCUCCAAGAAGCAGCCCACAGGAACGAAGAGGGAGAGCUGUGUUGCUCUCUCAGUGGUCGCACAAGGCAAGUGGUACGACGAGGUGUGUCGCAGCCUCAAGAAGUACAUCUGCGAAUAUGUCAUUCCCUGAAGGAGACACGGUGGUUGUUAAGAAUGUGAUGAUCAUUUGAAUGGCUCCCUCAUUAAAAAGUGUUCAAAGCUCA